UUUCGACUAGGAAAUCCUACCCCCACUAUAAUUCCCUGCCUCUUCCCUCUCCUUAUUCUUCUUUAACCUCUUUUUCCCUUCAAAUCCCUCACUCCUUACUCUCCGCCGUCUCUCUCUCCCUCCACCGCCGUCCCCUUCCGCCUUCAAACACUGCACCUCCUCGCCCUCUCUCUCGUCCUUCUGCAGGAAACUUCACCAGCAACUUACGUCAACUUCCACUCUGCGUCCAGCACCCAUUCCGAUCACUAGGGUGCGGUUGUUGGGUCUAGCCGUCCACGGAUCUCGCCCGGCUGUGCCGCAUUUACUCCGGAUUUGAUCAAUGACCGCCAUUACUCGAGCAAGUCAGCGCAAGAUCGAGAGUGUAGUGGAGACCAAUUCCCCGAAGCGGAAACCGAGAUCCAGUAGUGUGCAGAGGCAACGAAGCCCUGCCUCUACCCCGAUCAAUUGGAAAUCACCUCGUCGGUGUCUUAAUUCGAGUCCAAAAACCCCUCCAGAGAGCGAUGGGAAAGCGGUUAAUGGUGUCUUUUCUAACUCACUUACUUCACCGAUAAGAUGCUUGUUGAAGGAACUUAUUGUCAAACCAGAUUGGAAUCCUAAAGAUAUCGAACAUGUAAAAACUGCGAAAGAAGCAUUGCACAUAUCGACAGCUCCAACAACAAUCAUGUGCCGUGAAGAUGAACAAAGUAAAAUCUUCAAUUUCUGCAAGGCUAGUGUGGAGCAAGAAAAAGCUGGUAGUUUGUAUGUUUGCGGGUGUCCAGGAACUGGCAAAUCUUUGUCCAUGGAGAAAGUGAAAGAUCAGCUGGCCGCUUGGGCCGAAGAGUCAGGUCUUCAGCUGCCAGACAUUUUGUCCAUAAACUGCACUUCCUUAGCUAAUACAUCUUAUAUUUUCACUAAGAUCAUGGGUGAAACCCAACCAAAAAAGAAAAGGAAUGGCUCUUUAACACCCUUGCAACAUCUUCAACGCUUGUACUCCCAGAAGGCAGAGUCAUCUUGCGUGAAAAUGAAGUUGAUAAUAGCUGAUGAACUGGAUUAUUUAAUUACAAAAGAUAAAGCAGUGUUACAUGAUCUGUUCAUGCUCACAACUUUCCCAUUUUCAAGAUGUAUCUUGAUAGGAAUUGCAAAUGCUAUUGACUUAGCUGAUCGCUUUCUUCCAAGACUUCAGGCAUUGAAUUGCAAACCUCAGAUUGUAACUUAUAGGGCGUAUUCCAAGGAACAGAUCCUCAAAAUUCUUCAACAAAGGUUAACUAGGCUUCCUUUCGUUGUCUUCCACUCGCAAGCACUGGAGCUUUGUGCUAGAAAAGUUGCAGCUGUGUCUGGAGACAUGAGGAAAGCUCUAUGUGUUUGCCGGAAUGCCAUUGAAUUGUUAGAGGUGGAGAUCAAAGCAUCCUCAAAGGAGCUGAACCAUGAUGACGCAUGUGAUACUUCAGCACCACCUGAGCCUGUCAAAAGAUCAGAGUCUCAGAUUGUGAGGUUGGACCAUAUGGCCGUGGCCUUAGCUAAGACCUUUAAAUCACCAGCAGUGGAAACCAUACAAUCGCUUCCUCAGCAUCAACAGAUCAUUUUGUGCUCUGUUGUGAAACUUGUUCGCGGAGGAAAGAAGGAUACAACUAUAGGAGAGCUAAACAAAUCAUAUAUAGACAUGUGUAAAUCAACACUAAUCCCACCAGUGGGUAGUUUGGAACUUUCAAAUAUGUUCACGGUGCUAAACGACCAGGGGCUUCUCAAACUUGGCCAAUCUCGUGACAACAAAACGAGGCGUGUGUUGUUGAAAGUCGACGAAGCCGAUGUCACAUUCGCAUUACAGGGAAUACGCUUCUUUCGAAAUUGCCUUGCAGUAAAUUAACCGUUCUCCAUGUCACCGAGUGUGUAGAUUGUCGAACGAACCACACUACUUGUCUUUUUUUCACCAUUCAAGACCAAAAAGAAAAAAAAAA